GAGAGUGGGAAGCCGGAGGCUUGCACACCCAAAGGAGACAUCUAAGCGGCAGCAAGCAGCGGCAGCAGCGAGGAUAGAGUGAGUGAGCUUGAACUCAAACACGAGCCAGGUGGAACCCGAGAUGUCAUCGCUGGUGAAGGAAGACUUGGAGAAAAAACUGUUCAAGCCGCUGGCGCAGAAUCUCUGCGAGUUUAUUGAGAUCGAGUUCUCGGUCCAGGACAGGUAUUACCUCUGUGUGUCAGUGACCAAAACUGAUGAAGUAAAAAUCAUCAUGGUAAAGCACUACAGAGUAGGCCUGGAUGAAAAGUAUGAAGUAACAAAAAAGUGGUCUUUGAAUGAUCUUCAGAUGAUUGAUGGAAAAGAAGCAGAUACCGACAAUCCAUUUUUUGACUUGCACUUCAACAAAGUGUACUGUUUGGAGGCCUACAGCUGUGCCUCUAAGUACUCCUUCGCUCGAACAGUGAACAGGCUGAACCACGUGUAUCUUAAGAAGGACUUACACCUCGUGAACUUUGAUUCAACUUACAUUAACGAUGACUCCAUUUGGUCCUCCAACAACAAGGACUGCCUGGUCCUCAUGAGAAUAUGCUUUUAUGCUUUCAAUCUUGUGUGCCUGUCCCUGUGCCCCCUGCCACUUUGAAGAUGUCGCCCAAAGCCCUUCAUGAAUGUCUGAAGAAAAUGGCUCUCCAGUU